GGCGAGCCUGGAAUUGAUGGUCGACCAGGACCUCGUGGAGAGGCAGGUGUAGCAGGUCCUCAGGGUCCAAUGGGCCCCGCUGGUCGCAGAGGUGAACGUGGCGCUGCAGGCAGAACUGGUGCACAAGGUCGAAAAGGACCUAUGGGUGAUCGUGGUGCCGUAGGACUUGUUGGUCCUACCGGAGCUCCUGGUCAGAAGGGAGAACGUGGACAAACUGGUCGUGAUGGUGACCAAGGUGAACCUGGGCCUCGAGGUGACCAAGGACCCAGUGGUGCUAGUGGACCAAAGGGCUCUCGUGGUGAGUCCGGUCCACCGGGACUUCCUGGUGCACCUGGAUUAGAUGGGCGUCCCGGUCUUGACGGAGCACCAGGUGAGAACGGCCCACAGGGAGAGCCAGGUCUGCCUGGUGCUCCAGGUCCCAUGGGUCGUCCUGGUAUGGAUGGUCUACCCGGUCCUCGAGGUGACAUGGGUCCUAAUGGACUUGAUGGCCUACCGGGUGUGAAAGGUGCUAGGGGCCCACCGGGGCCUCCAGGUCGACCUGGCAAUCUUGGCAAACCUGGUACACCUGGCACUCCAGGUGCUCUCGGCCCUCCUGGUCCCCCUGGACCUACUGGUAUGCCGGGAGCCAUGGGUGAACCAGGUCCAAAAGGUGCCCGAGGCUUCCAAGGUUUGGCUGGUGACAUUGGUGAACCUGGUGAUGUUGGUCCUGAUGGUUUGGACGGCUCAGAAGGUCCCAUGGGUAGUAUGGGCCCUCCUGGCUUUGUCGGUCCUUCUGGCGAUCAAGGUCCUGCUGGUGCCCCAGGCCCCGAGGGUGAUCCUGGUCCGCCUGGAUUCGAUGGUCCUCCUGGUAAAGACGGAAAACCUGGACCUAGGGGAAAGGAUGGAAGAAUAGGUCCACCCGGUGAGCAAGGCGAACAGGGACCUGUUGGACCUCGUGGCAUUCGGGGUGAACGUGGUGUCCCCGGUGACAAGGGCAUUGAUGGUGAACCUGGUGAUGACGGCGCUGGUGGUCUUCCCGGUCCUCAUGGCCCAGCUGGACCACCUGGCCCGACUGGUAAAAUAGGAGCCCCUGGUGAAGUUGGUGAGGAAGGUGAUGAAGGUCUUCAAGGUCCGCCUGGCAUUCCUGGGAUGGAUGGUGUUCAAGGGCCUCAAGGUUUACGUGGUCCACCAGGCAAAGCAGGAGUGACUCGUGAAUUAGCUGCAGUUCCUGGAGGCGCAGGUCCCAAGGGUCCACGGGGUCCCACCGGUCCGUCAGGUCCUCCCGGCGACCAAGGUCCCAAAGGAGAGCCAGGUGAGACCGGACCUCCAGGCAUGCCUGGUGAGCCUGGAGAACAAGGCCCUCCUGGACCCCCAGGUGAUCCCGGUCCUGAUGGCAAACCGGGUGCGGAUGGUGAAGAAGGUCCUGAAGGGCCUCCUGGUGAGCAAGGUCCAAUGGGUCCUCGUGGUCCCAACGGAGAACCCGGCCCUAUGGGCGCUCCUGGUCAACCCGGUAAACCCGGUCCUCCCGGUCCAAUCGGACCUGCUGGCAUGGCUGGUGAACCCGGUAAACGCGGUCCCACUGGCCCUCCAGGUCCAUUAGGCGAGCGUGGUCCACCUGGACCUUCAGGUGUUAAUGGAACUGAUGGGCGCGAAGGAAGAAAGGGACCCCAGGGACGUCGAGGACCUGCUGGACCCCCUGGUCCUCACGGUGAUGCUGGAGCUCCGGGUAAAGAAGGACCCGAAGGACCUCCUGGUCAUCCCGGCUUUGUCGGUCCUCCUGGUGAGCCUGGUCCUGAAGGUCCAGAUGGCAAAGAAGGCAUUGAAGGUGCUCAAGGCGAACAGGGUCCAGCUGGUCCCUACGGAAUAACGGGUCCUAUCGGUGAACCAGGUGAUCCUGGUCCAAAAGGUCGUCCCGGUCCUGCUGGAAAACGUGGAAGUCAGGGAGCAGCGGGAGCACGUGGUCCACAGGGUCCUCCUGGUCCACAGGGUCCUCCUGGUCUUGAAGGUCCACCCGGACCUCCGGGCAUUCGUGGAUCACGGGGAGCCAUCGGCCCAAAGGGUGAACCAGGUGUCCGAGGUGAAGAUGGUGCUCCUGGUGCAGAUGGUCCAAAUGGUGAAACCGGUCCUCGUGGUCCUCAAGGACCCGCUGGACGUCGUGGAAAAGAUGGCCGACCUGGAAGACGUGGCCCAAUCGGUCCCAAAGGAGCUCCUGGCGGCAAAGGCCCAACUGGUCUACAGGGACCUCCUGGUCAUGAUGGUCCUGCUGGCUACCAAGGUCCUGUUGGCAAACGUGGUCCCACUGGACCCACUGGAGAGCGUGGUCCACAAGGUCCUCAAGGCCUACGCGGUGAAACUGGUGAGAUGGGUGAAGUAGGUCCAAUGGGUCCACCUGGAAACGAUGGAGAUCCGGGUCCACCUGGUGUUCAGGGACCUCCUGGUCCGCCUGGACCACCUGGACCGCCAGGCUCUAUCAUGAGCAUUCAGGCCCGUCGCGCACCCACCAAAGGUCUGCUCUAUGGUGACGAUCCUAAGGCUGCUCGCCUAUUCGGAAUGAACUCCAUCAAAUUUCCACGUGGAACUCAAGAAGUUCCUGCUCGAACAUGCGCCCAACUGGCUGCUCAUUUUCCCAACUAUCCUGAUGGCACUUACUGGCUUGAUCCAAACGGUGGUCGCACAAACGACGCCGUUGAAGUUUACUGCAAAGUCAAGACCGGUGAGUCUUGCAUCCGAGCCAAGAAAUCCUUCGCGGUUAGGCAGUGGGCUUCACCCCCUACUAACAGUUCUUUAUGGUUUCACAGUUACAACCAAUUUGGAGAGGUGAGAAGAACGUGGAUUCCUUUUAUAGGCAUCGUAAUGUAA